UAAGAGCUCGAUCUAUUUUCUACUUCCACUUACUGCACUUUGCACUGAUUGCAUCUUGCGUCAGCCAUUUGCAAUUUGACUGUUGGUUGGUGAAGUUGCAUCGUGUUGUUUUGUGUUUUGUAAAUCUCAGUUAUUUAAAAGUAGCCUGCAAUGGAGGAAAUAGAUUGACUGUCCCUGUAACUGACGUUAUGUCAAAGUUACAAAAUCCAGUAACCUGUCCGUCGCCUUGGUCUGGCGUUCCCAUGUCACGUGGACCAAAGAGAAACAUCGGCAUUGGCAGGCAGGGCGGUGAGGAUAGAAGAAACCAGGUCUGUUGCUAAGCGGCGACCGCAACCGCCUUUUAUUUCCCCGUCACCUUUCGUCAGGACUGCUGUGUUUUUACUACGGGUAACUGGUUGAAGGUAUAAAACCUGUAAAUUUUAUAGUUUAAGAGUGUCCGGUAAUUGUUUAAGUACGUCAAGUUUUAAUUUGUUUAGUUAACCAUCUUUUUCAAUGAAGCACACCCACAGAUAAGUAAUUUUAUUUCAUUUUGUUUUUACGUUUUAAUGUUCGACUGCGUUUGAAUAUGUGUGAUACAAACCUCGAUGUAGUUUCUUCCUUAUUGGAAACGCCAUUUUUUGAACUCGAUGACGACACUAAAGACGAAAUUUUAAUUCGGGGUCGCCCCACGCCUUGCCUCGGCAUUUCCCAGUUGGAUAAAAAAUUGGGUCAAGUUUUCUCUCGAAAUUUUAAAACCGACUGGUAUGACGGUCAUCCCUGGUUAUGCGGAAGCUCCCAAAAACAACGUUUGUUUUGCUGGCCGUGUUUACUGUUGACGAAAACUAAGAAUAACUUGUGGGUUUCGCAAGGCGUGGUGGAUUUAAAAAACCUUUCCGCCUGCAUAAAAAAGCACGAGUUGUCAAAGGAGCAUUUAAGUAACUACCUUAGCCUAAAACGGUUAGAAGCGGACAGUAACACUAGAAAAGCUUCGAAAACGCAGUCGGAUACCUCUCUGAAGUUGUACAAUGAGGAUGUUAGGAAAAAUCACAAGUUACUGACGUAUUUAAUAGAUGUAAUUUGCUAUUUGGCGAAACAAGAAUUGUUCGCGGGGAAUAACGAUGCGUUCAGCGCUAACAACUUUCGCGAGACGUUAGAUUUAAUUAUUACACGCGAUUCUGAAAUUCAAGAACACUUAAAAAAAAUUGAAGACGUUUCGGAAACUGUCCAAGAUGAUUUAAUUACUUCAAUAGCGGAAUAUGUCAUGGAAACAAUACACCAAGAAAUAACUAAAUCUGACAUUUUCUCUGUACAAGUCGGCGACGCCACAUAUAUCCUCGAGAAUCCACAAUAUGCCGUUUCGGUUCGAUUUGUUAAUACAUUCGGUGAAAUUAAAGAACGGUUUCUGGGUUUUCACGACGUAACUGAAGAUAGCUCUGCCGAUGCAGUAUACAGUUUAAUUACAACCGUUUUAGGUCCUUUUAAUUAUAAAACGAAGUUAGUAGGCCAGUGCUAUGAUGGCGCUUGUGUAGCGGCAGCGUCCUUGGACGGCUUGCAAAGAAAAGUUAAAAACGACGCACCAAACGCUUUACUUACGCAUUGCAGCGCCCAUGAUCUAAACUUAGUUUUACAGGACGGCUCCAAAAGUAUCAAAAACUGCCGUGUUUAUUUCGCUGUCGUAAGGUCAUUGUUAAACUUUUUUCGUCAAUCGGGUAAACGAUUGUCCCUGCUUAGUUUAGUGGUAGACAACAAGAAUCCAUCUUCAGACGUUAACGGGAUCACACCAUCGGAAAUCGUUCAAAUUUUAGGCUCCGAGUGGGACGGUUUACAAAUUGUUUUGAGGAAUAUCAUCGAGGACAAAUCUUCAGCUGUAGAAUCCAUAAGUGGAGCUAAAGGCUACCUUAAGUGUAUGAACGAUUUGGAGUUUUCCUUCUUAACACUCGUAUAUAAAAACAUCUUCGAUAUUACCGAUAUUGUAUCUCGCGUACUUCAAGUAAAUUCGUUAGAUGUUGAUUAUUGCAAAAGGCAAGCAUCUUCAGCGAGAAAUAGUAUAAGUUCGUUGAGAAAUGAAGAUAAAUUUAAAGAAUUGUUUUAUAAGGCAAAAUCUCGGAUGUCUUAUGACAUUCAAGGGCCUUCAGCUAAAAGGUUUAAACUAUCACACACUGUUAGUGGUGAUGAAAAAGCGUCUUUGCGGGUAUUAUUUUAUGAAAUAAUUGACAACACUGUAACACAGUUAGACGUAAGACUUGGGGAUAUGUCGCAGUUAUUGUAUUUUGCUCUGUUCGAUUCUUCGCAUUUCAGAGAUUACUCUGAAAACUUCCCAAUCGAUUUAGUGUGCGAUUUGACCAGCUUCUACGUAGACCUUUUCGAUAAACAAAGAUUGGUUAACGAGUUGGGCGUUAUAUAUCAAGAUGAAGAGUUUGCGAAAUUAAGUCUGGACGGUGUUUUGAAAGACUUCGUAGUUAACGACUUUCGAAGCUUAUUUCCGGAAGCGUACAAGUUAUUUGCUUUGAUCGCAACAAUUCCAUUGACGAGCAGUUCGGGUGAAAGUCGUUUUUCCUCUUUGAAGCGCAUUAAAACGUAUAGAAGGCCAAUGAAAAAUGAACGGUUGUCGUCUCUCGCACUCGUUACUGUAGAAGAAGAGUUGCUUUGUGCGCAUCGCGAGCGUGAAGAUUUUCUAUAUAAUAUAAUAAAUAAGUUCUCGGCAAAAAAUAAUCGUUUCAAUUUGGUCUAUAAAAAAUAAUUGUAACGAAAUAAAAGUAGAGAGGUUAAAGAAGGCUGUGUAUUAAUAAAAAAUUUAUCUGCAUUAUCAGAUUAUAUCUGUAUUUAUGGAAUUUUUUUAUUAAUCGAUUUUCGGAAAAUUUAACUAUGCAAAUUGUAGUGGAAAUAUCAACGGUGUUUAAGUUGCCAAAAUCGUAAAAUCGAGUUAUUCUGGAAAAACUUUAUUACAUAAUUGUUAGUGAAAUUACAACGUAGUAUUUGCAGUAUAUGAUUUAUGCUACUAUGAAAUCCAUUUACUGAUUCCAAACAAAUUAAACAAACUAAAUUAAAAAAAAAAAAUUCCAAAAAAAAUUGGGAAACGUGAAGUGCUAAGUACCAAUUUUUAACACUGCAGUAAGUUCAUAUAGAAAUAUUUGUGAUCUUGUUUAUUCAGAUCAUUCAAUAGUUCAAUAGAACUAAACCAUUUAUCGCCUAUUACAAUCCUGUUAGUAUUUUUUAUUGGAUCAAUUAAUUUUAGGUCGUGUCGUCACCGAGAGUUUCUUUGGAUUUGGUUGGGUGCGCUUUCCUGUGUAAACAAAGGCAUUAACUAAAUAAUGUGUUUUGGCAUCGUGAAGACACAUUAUUUUGAUUCCAUAUUUCUUCGGUUUGCUUAGUAUUUCCGAAAGGAACAUGACCCAUGGAAUCCAACAAACAUCUCAUCUAUCUCAUGUUAUUAUUUCAUAGUUCAAAACUCAACAA